AUGACGAGUCUUAUCCAGUAUUCUGAUGCAGAUAAACUCAAACAACCAUUCAUGCAUUUCCUGACUUUUGUUUGGACUGACAGCUUCGUUCCAUGUCUGGUCGCGACAUUGCUAACGAUCGAGUCUUCCAGAUCUUACGUGACGGUUCAAGUACGUUACAGCCCUGUCAACGCCCCUCCAGUCAUUCAUACCUAUGAUGAACCGACGCAUCCAAAAGACAAGCAUAUGUCCAAGUCGACUCAUAUCGACCAAGACGAGACUGUCAAGCCUGAUACAUAUCUCCGUCAAUAUCUUAUCCCAAGCCCUGUCAAGGGGGAUGCUGACAACGACUCCACACAGGUUCACUUGGAUAGAUUUUUCUCAUGUGAGUGA